UCAUUCAUCUCCAGCUCCUCCAAGAGACAGACUCAACUAUGGCUAACUGUGGACCUUCCUGCGCCGUCCCAUCUUGCGCUUCCACCCCAGUCGUUGGUUUUGGAUCAGCCGGUGGUCUUGGCGGUGGCCUUGGUGGUGGAUUUGGCGGUGGAUUUGGCUAUGGUUCUGGCUAUGGCUCCGGUGCCCUGGUUGGAUCCGGCGUCCCAUCUGCCAGUCUUGGUAUUCUUUCUGGAGUCCAGCCUUCAUGCGUCAACCAGAUCCCACCAGCAGAGGUCGUCAUCCAGCCACCUGCCGUCAUCGUGACCAUCCCAGGACCCAUCCUAUCUGCCAGUUGUGAGCCUGUGGCUGUCGGAGGCAACACCCCAUGUGCUGCUGGUGGUUAUGGAUCCGGAUUUGGCAGCGGAUUUGGUGGUGGAUAUGGCAGAGGGCUCUAUGGUGGUGCAGGUCUUCUGGGGUCUAGCUCUGGUGGUUUGGGGGGCCGCGGCCGUUAUGGGUUUGUGGGGCGUAGAGGCAGCAUCUGCUAUACCCCCUGCUAAGCUCUCACGGUCUGUCAACAAGGAGGAAAGAAAAAGAGAUCUGUGGUGGACUAUUUCGGUCUGAUUUUAGAUAUGCUGAGCCCCCAAACUCCCUAGGCAAUCCCAAUGGGAGCUGGGAGAGUGUUCUGCAUCCCUUGUAAUCAGGCCCAUCUAGAACAUGCAGCUGUUUCCAGUUUAAUUUUAUCUCACUUUCCCCUGCUAGUUACUAUGAUUUAUUUGCCUAUGUCUCUUUGAAACACACCAAUUCGCAUUGGGAAGAAAAGCACAAGAUCCAUUCACUAUGUCUAUGAAAUUAGCAUGCAAGUGUAAAUAUGGGUAAUUGGGACUUAAUGUAAAGGAAGGUGGAAAGAAUGUUCUAUACAUGUAGAACCCCCUACUCUUCUUCCAGCCUGAAAAAAAUAAUGCUAAAGGAGAAGCUGUUCACUGGAAUGUGUUCUUUUUUGCUUUAUUGUCUUCCAGUAUGCUUAGUAUUCACUUGAAUACUUUUACUGUUUGAAAUUCCCAAUAAAACUUUUUCUG